AUGGGGGGUGAGGAUCGUUUGGUAUGGCACUUCGACAACAAAGGCUGUUAUAAUGUGAAGAGUGGGUAUUUUGUGGGACGUUUGUUGGAUGGUUUGAAUCGGAAAGCUUCGGGUUCCGACUCAGAAGUGCAAUGGUCGAGACUAUGGUGUAAGCUGUGGCGUACUCAAGUACCUCCUAAGGUGCGUAUGCAUGCUUGGCGUUUGGUAAAGGGAACAUUACCCUCUCGGGCUGCCUUGGUGAAAAAACAGGUUCAGCUCCCAGACGUCAACUGUGUGUUUUGCUCGACGAAUGUGGAAGAUAGUUUGCACCUGUUCAAGAAUUGUGAGGCUCUCCAACCUUUUUGGCAACAAGGUAUGGUACAAAUACAUCCGCGUACUCAUCCUUCUAUAAGUGUUGAGGUCUGGUUCUGGGAUAUGGUGGAGAUGUUGAGUGGUGAAAAGCUAGAGGGUUUCUUGAUGGCUUUAUGGGUGAUCUGGGUUGAGAGAAAUAAUAUGGUAUGGAGAGGACAGUUCUAUAAUAUUGCCAACAUGAUGGAUUGGUCCUCUUCUCUUUUGCUGGAGUACAAGCAUUGUCAUCAACGUAGUGUGGGCACGAGGAAGAAAAAUAAGUCAAAAUGGACGUGUCCCCCUAGUGGAAGACUUAGAGUCAAUAUAGAUGGAAGUUUGCGCAUGAAGAGGGUAGAGGUGGUGUGGGAGGAGUGA